UUUUGCUUGGAACCACCAUUGGCUAUUUCCCCCGAACUCCAAGAGAUUCACAGCGACGAAUCGAGUAAGAAACAUAACGGUUCACACUGAGCGUAGUAGCCACUAGCUGCCUCAAGUUAUGGAAGUAAAUAACGUAGAACAUCUACCAGAGCGUAUUGGCUAUAUUACUCGCGUACAGAGCUUCAGCGCUUGCCAUCGCUUGCACAGUAAGGCACUGAGUGAUGAAGAAAAUAAGAAGGUAUUUGGGAAAUGCAACAACCCACAUGGUCAUGGCCACAACUACAAAGUGGAAGUUACAGUGUGUGGGAAGAUUGACAGAAGAACGGGGAUGGUGAUGAACCUAACAGACCUUAAACAGUACAUUGAGGAGGCGAUUAUGAUACCUCUUGACCAUAAAAACCUGGACAAAGAUGUGCCUUACUUUGCUGAUGUGGUCAGCACCACUGAAAACCUGGCAGUGUUCAUCUGGGACAGUUUAACAAAGCUUCUGCCACCCAACCUACUCUACGAAAUCAAAGUGUACGAGACAGACAAAAACAUAGUGGUGUACCGUGGCGAGUAGACCACGUGUGAAUGUGUGUGUGUGUGUGUGUAUGUUUGCCACCUCAACUCUUCUCCAUCGAUGCAUAGUUAUUGAGAAAAGCCAGCGUCUGUGUGUACACCUACAUACGAGGACCUUGGCUUCCCCUACAUCAUGGCUGAGCUGGGCCUUUGAGUGCCUUGUUGUGUGGUGGAGUUCCUGGUAGUCAAGGCUGUAUUGGAUUAGUGUGCAUCAACAGGUACACUGCCUGGUCAAGGACCUGUGUGUUCAGAUUGAUCCUUUUGAACAAGAGGGAUUAUAUUACCCUGGUUGGGAUAAUCUCCCCCCUCCUCUCCCCUCCUCUCCCCCUCCACAACUCCAAUCCCCAGUUAAUUAAAAGUGCUUGUACUUCCCUAGAGGCUGUUUGGAGAACUAAAUAUAAUAAAACUGAUAAAACUGUU